AUGGCGGACGUCAGAUCGCUCCUCCGGAAUGAACUAGCUUCGCGCAAGGGCGCGUCGCCAAAUACCUCAGGGAACCGUGUCAGCAAAAAGCGCAAGGUGGAUAAUGGGGAGGGCGCGAUACGCAAGAAGCUACGAUCCACAGAUCUCGAAGCCGUUCAGGCUGCAGCGAGUGUACAGGGCGCCGCUCCCACCGCUCAAGAGACACCCGAGGAUGACGUCUUGGAAUCCGUCGACGAGGACGACUUGGCAGGCCCCGAACAACCCCUCGAUGAGAGCCAACAGAUCACUGCGCCAGCGGCACAACAAAUACCGCCACCGCAGGAAGCCUCUGGUGCUGUCGAUGAGGAUGAAUGGGCUGCCUUUGAACGCGAAGUCGCCGCGCCAACCCGAAUGCCACAUGCGCCAGCUGCCGUCGCAGCCGAAGCGACGAUAUCCGCGGCCCCCGUAACCAACGAGGAGCUUGCGGCGCAACAAGAUAGAGAGAAGGUAUCCGCCGGUCGGACAAGGGAAGCCGAAUUGGAAGGAGAGCGAGAGGAUGCGGCGCGAUUUAUGGAGGAAGAGUUUGAUGAGAUGGACCAACUUGAGGAGCGUGUGCGGAGGUUGAAGCAUAUGCGAGAGGAAUUACGACAAAAACGUGGCAAAGACCAGACCAGAGACGUCCCUAUGUUGUCGGAGGAUCAACAGGCAGGACCUGCAGCUGAGAGUGACAGUGAUGAUGACGACGAGGAUUGGGACGAUUGGCGUUUCAAAUGA